UUUUCACAGUCUGCUGCAAGGCCAGCCGGUUGCUCCAGACGAAUGCCUCUUCUGCCAUGACCAGGCAUGGAGCGCCGCUGCUCUGUUGAAACCGACGGCUCACGAUGCGUUGGGUUGCACUGAGGGCAAUGCCUGCUGCUUCAUCUGCACCCAG